AUGACGACACCAACUUGCUCUGCUAGGGUUGGGAUAGCAAAUGGAGACCACCGCGUUUCCUCGCCGGAAGAGCUCGACCAGAUGGCACGGAGCACCAAAAAGGUCAAGACUGUGGGAAUUUCAGACCCUGAUGAUGUUCCUAUGCCCCAAUCCCCAACUGAUAUGGAGGAGGGCGAGAAUCACAAAGGCCCUGUGGUGGACUCGCAAGCGGAGGUUGCAGGUAAGAUUUCUUACAGAGACAAGGUUGUGGAGGGUGAAUGCUUCAACAACCUCUUUUCUCCUCAAGAAAUCUUGGAGUCUGUCCAUGAAGACCUGUGCUUGAAUGAUGCUGGUGACAGAGGGUUGACGAAGGCUAGAGGGCCCUUCAAUCCAAACCCAAUCAUCCCGAUAUCGAUUGAAGAGUACAGCGAAUGGUGCCGGCCAUGGAAGAACUCUCUGAUUGUGAAACUUCUGGGUAAGAAACUGGGCUUUCGGUGGAUGAAUCAACGGUUGCAACGUCUAUGGGCUAGAGAAGGUGAAAUUAAAGUCAUGGACCUGAGUGAAGAUUAUUUUCUGGUUCGAUUCUCGUCUGAGAAUGACUAUAAACUUGCCCUGUUUGAAGGACCUUGGAUGGUUGCUGACCAUUAUUUGAUGAUCCAACGCUGGAGGCCAAUGUUCAAAGCUGAUGAUAGCCAGGUUCAAAAAAUUGCAGUGUGGAUUCGUAUACCAAAACUCCCUGUAGAAUUAUUUACUGAAACUUUCUUGUGGAGGCUGGGUUCUAAUCUUGGCACUAUGCUGAAAAUGAUACUUAUACCUCUAUUCACACCAGAGGUAGAUUCGCUAGAAUCUGUGUGGAAUUGGACUUGA